AUGGCGCCUAUCAAUGUGUUGAUGAUUGGUACCGGUGAAUACACCACCGGCUUCGUGGGCACGGGAGCAUCAGGCUCGGACAAGAAGGUUGGCGUCGUGGGACUCACGCUCUUUGAUCUUCGUCGUCGCGGAAAAGUAGGCAACCUGGGCAUGGCUGGCGUCAAUGGCACCAAGUUUCCCGCCAUCCGCGAACACUUGAACAAGAACAUCACCCAAGUGUACAAUGGCCUCGACACCUCCUUCGACAGCUUCCCAGGCAACGACCAAAAGGACCCCGACGCCUACAAGAAGGCCAUUGACGCGCUCUCCCCCGGCGACGCCAUUACCAUCUUCACACCCGACCCCACGCACUACCCCAUUGCGCUGUACGCCAUUGAGCGUGGCAUCCACGUGCUCCUCACCAAGCCUGCCGUCAAGGAACUCGAGCACCACCAGGACCUUCUGCGACGGGCGCGGGAGAAGAACGUCUACGUCUUUGUCGAGCACCACAAGCGCUUCGACCCGGCCUACUCGGACGCCCGCUUCAAGGCCAAGAACCUGGGCGACUUCAACUACUUCUACAGCUACAUGUCGCAGCCCAAAUACCAGCUCGAGACGUUCAAGUCGUGGGCGGGCAAGGAGUCCGACAUCUCGUACUACCUCAACAGCCACCACGUUGACAUUUGCGACUCCAUGGUCCAGCAGCUGGGCUACCUGCCUGUCAAGGUAUCCGCCUCCUCAUCCAAGGGCGUCGCCACGGACCUAGGCUGCGUGGCCGAGACGGAAGACACGAUUUCGCUGCUCGUGACCUGGGCCAAGAAGGGCGAUGCUUCAAAGCGCGGCAUCGGUGUCUACACGUCUUCGUGGACGGCGCCGCAACGUGCUGGUGUCCACACGAAUCAGUAUUUCCACUAUCUGGCGUCGAAUGGAGAGAUUCGCGUCGAUCAGGCCCACCGUGGCUAUGAUGUUGCGGACGAUGGGGUCGGCCAGAUUCAGUGGUUCAACCCGUUUUACAUGCGGUAUGCGCCGGAUGAGGACGGCAACUUUAACGGGCAGACCGGGUAUGGGUAUAUUUCGCUCGAGAAGUUUGUGGACGGGUGCACCGCCGUGAAUGAGAAGAGGGCCACGUUGGAUGACUUGGAUGGCAAGGGUCUGCCGACAUUGAAGAAUACGGUGGCCACUACGGCGAUUCUGGAGGCCGGGAGGAGGAGUAUCGAUGAGGGGAGGGAGAUUGGGAUUGCGGUUGAGGGAGACACGUGGAAGUUGGUGUAA